AUGAAGAGGGGGAAGAAUGUUCCCGGGAGGCGUAUUUACAUGAAUUCCCGCAAGAACAACAAAAAAGCGUCGACAAAACAUAAUAAGUGGAUGUCAUUUUUGUUUUUUCAAAACUCUUUUUUUUUUUUUUUUUUGCUUUUUUUUUUUUUUUUUGCUUUGGAAGGUUCAAAAAGUGAUCUAGCGAUGGUCGAGGCUACCCCAGAUAUGGCAAAGUAUUGCUUUGCAGUGAUCUCCAGCAAGUUGAAGAAUGAGGCAAUUCCAGAGGCUCCCCAGAGUAUUUCCGACGACCCGUGCCCUGUGUUUGUCAGCCUCAAGACUGUCGAUGGCGCACUUCGAGGCUGUAUUGGGACCUUUGCUGCUGAGCCGCUACGUGGGCAGCUGAAAAAUUACGCUAUAGCCGCAUCAUGUGAAGACAGUCGUUUUCGUCCAGUUGAACUAAGUGAGCUUCCUUCUCUGAGUUGUACGGUUUACGUGCUUCACUCCUUCGAGAAGGCGGCGAACUGGAAGGACUGGGUUAUAGGCAUUCACGGGAUACGGAUUAGGUACAAAAAUUACUCUGCCACGUACCUUCCGUCCGUCAUGUCCGAGGAGGGGUGGAAUCAUACGCAAACCCUGAACCAUUUGCUGAGGAAGGCAGGGUAUGGAGGAGAUGUGACGGAGUCAUUUCUCGAUAAGGUGGAGGUGACCCGUUACCAGGAAAGCAAGGCCAGUGUUGAUUUUUUAUCGAUUUAUUCGGGGGUCUAA